AUGUCCACCGAAGGCAAGACCAUUACCUGCAAGGCCGCCGUCGCCUGGGACGCAGCAAAGGACCUCAGCAUCGAAGACAUCGAAGUGGCACCGCCCAAGGCGCACGAGGUCCGCAUUCAAAUCUACUACACCGGUGUCUGUCAUACGGAUGCGUACACACUCAGCGGCAAGGAUCCGGAGGGUGCCUUCCCCAUCGUGCUUGGACAUGAGGGUGCUGGUGUCGUCGAGAGCGUGGGCGAGGGUGUCACGAAUGUGAAGAAGGGAGACUGUGUCGUCGCGCUAUACACACCGGAAUGCCGCGAAUGCAAGUUCUGCAAGUCUGGCAAGACCAACCUUUGUGGUAAGAUCCGAGCAACACAGGGCAAAGGCGUGAUGCCGGAUGGCACUUCCCGCUUCAAGUGCAAAGGCAAAGAGCUCCUCCACUUCAUGGGCACAUCGACUUUCUCGCAGUACACCGUCGUUGCCGACAUCUCCGUCGUGGCCAUCACAAAGGACGCGCCAAUGGACAGGACAUGCUUGCUAGGCUGCGGUAUCACUACUGGCUACGGCGCCGCGGUCAUCACAGCCGGACACGGUGGUGUUGAGAAAGGCUCCACCGUCGCUGUAUUCGGUGCGGGCUGUGUCGGUCUCAGUGUGAUUCAGGGCGCGGUUAAGAAUGGUGCGAGCAAAAUCAUCGUUGUAGACGUCAACGAUGCGAAGAAGAAUUGGGCGGAGAAGUUUGGCGCCACCCACUUUGUGAACCCGGCCAAGGACUUGAAGGAGGGCGAGACGAUCCAGCAGAGAUUGGUCGAUAUGACCGAUGGUGGGCUGGACUAUACCUUCGACUGCACGGGCAAUGUCCACGUGAUGAGGAGUGCGCUUGAGGCUUGCCACAAGGGCUGGGGCGAGAGCAUCAUUAUUGGUGUCGCCGCUGCAGGCCAGGAGAUCAGCACGAGACCAUUCCAACUUGUCACGGGCCGACGCUGGAAAGGCUGCGCAUUCGGCGGCGUCAAGGGGCGCACUCAGCUUCCCGAUCUAGUCGACGACUACAUGACCGGCAAGCUCAAGGUCGACGAGUUCAUUACUCACCGUCAACCGCUAUCUGGCAUCAACCAAGCGUUCAGCGACAUGAAGGCCGGCGAUUGUAUACGCUGCGUGGUGGACAUGAGAAAGGAGUAG